AAUCGACAGAUGGCGCGCUUGGUUUACGAUCAAAACAUUACAUAAGUACCUGCAUCAAAUCUUAACGUUAUUGAGUAAGUAUUUAAUAUGCAGAAUAACAACAAACGCGUAAUGGUUGCUAGGAUGGUUAGUCAUCGCGUUUUUGCGCCGUCAGCUGUCCGACUGAGCGGGUAUUUUAGUGUGUCAGCGACGUCCCGGCUGACCGCAUCGCGCGAACGAAACACUCACGAGUAAAUAUAUCGACUGUAAAUAAACGCACAGUGUGAUGGUGAGCGGUGACCGGUGCGGUUGCAGUGCGUUUUGUCGGCGACUGUUUUGCCGCGCUCGGCCGCCGGAGCCCGAGAGCCCUGAGAAUGUCGAAGAAGAAGUGCCGGUUACUUUGUGUCAGUUGGCCGAGGCCCGAGAUGUCAAGUUCAACCAGACCCUCCAGGAGCCGCUGGCGGUCGGGACACAUAUCCUCUGCACCGGUACACCCACAGACGACUUACCAUGGUUCACAGUUAACAUAGGAUACGGAGACCCAAACAAUGGUACGGGAGACAUCGCAGUCCACUUCAACGUUAGGGUUCCACAGUGCUACGUGGUGCGCAACACGCGGCGGCAUAACAAAUGGGGGAUAGAAGAAACUACUGCAUUUAGAUCAUUCCCCUUCAAAAUGGGCCGUCCGUUCACGAUAGAAGUGGUCGUGGACGAGACGGAGUCGCUCUGGGCGGUGGACGGGGAGCACUAUUGCAACUACGCGCACCGCACGCCGUCGCCCGUCGGAGCGCCCUGGCUGCAGGUGGCCGGGAUCCGGGAUGCUACGCUCAAUGUGCAGAAAGCUGAAUUGUAUCCGAUGCUGGCACCGCCUGCUGUAGAGGUCCCACUUAGACCUAGUUUAGACGCGCCGGCUUCGGAAGAUGAACCGCUUUGGCGACCGAACAUCACAGCUCUAUUACCUAAAGGAAUCCCACCGGGGUACCAACUAGUCAUACAUGGAAGGCUCCGGCCCAUCCUGCACUCGUUCACGCUGAACCUGCAGGACGCGGCGCGCGACUGGCCGGCGCCCAACACGGCGCUGCACGUGAACGUGCGCGCGCACCACGAGUCGCACCGCGAGCGCCAGCUCGUCGUGCUCAACUCGCACCUGGGCGGCUGGGGGGACGAGCGGAGGCAGAGGACGGCCACACUAGUGCCCGGCACUCAGAACACGUUCCGCAUCCUGCACGGGCCGGGCGAGUGGUCGGUGUUCGCCAACGACGUGCUCAUCGGCGAGCUGGAGCACCGCGCGGCGCCCGCGCUGGUGCGCGCCGUGCGCCUGCGCGGGGACCUCUUCCCCGGCGCCCUGUACCUGUGCCCCUCCUCGCACUCGCCCACCGCGGAGGACUGGAAGGAUGUCUCCAACUGUUGAUGAGAACUGGAGACUCGACGAUUGAAUGACUAAGGGCCAGUUGCACCAACCACAUUUGACAGACUGAUCAACGUCAGCCGGCGCGCCCCGGCACUUUACUAUGAAACUUUCCAUACAUAAAUAACGCAUUUAACUGAUUCGCAAGACCGAAGUGAUCCCAUAAGUGUUCCGUGAACAAAGUUUUGUACGGAACACUAAAAAUUAGCGAACUCUUUAUCGAUACGAACAGUUUGGUGCAACCGACCCUAAGACUGCUGGACAUGAGUUAGGCCUCAAUUAAACGGUGCGAGAACUCGCAUUACGAGUUUCAUUACAUUGCGGGUUAAUUUUGGUCGGUCGGUUGAAUUGGACGUAACCAGCAUUCCGCAAUGUAACUAAAAUCGGAUGCGAGUUCGCGCGCCGUCUAAAUCAGCCCUUAUAAACCAAAGGUGAAACAAAGUGGAAGAUCUGAAGAAAUAGGGAGAAGGGGUGCAGGAUAAGUGCCUGAAGCGAAUAGAAUCGAAUCUUUGACAAUAAUUAUACCUAGUGUAUCAGUCGCUUGAAAUUGUCUUGCGAAGUAAAUCUUUGGCUGAUCAUUAGAAGUAUGUACCUAGAUUGUUAUUUGUAUUGUAUUGUAUCACUAUUUAACUUCUGAUUUUUUUUUAUUAACUAUUAAGGCUUAUGAUAAAGUUAUUGGUGUGCCUAAAGUUCUAAAAAUCUAUUUACUCCUAAGAUAUGUUAUUAGGUAUUUUCACGAGAUUAUCUAUAAAAGAAAUAAUGAAAUGUAAUGUUAUAGGUUUUCCUAAAUAUUUGGCUCACGAGAGAGUAAGCAGAGUUAUCUAGUAGGAUGCUUGUAUGCUAUGCAAGUAUGCAUUGUAAAUAAAUUAAGUAUUAUUGCACAUAAUCGUUAUCUAAGGAACACUUGUACAAUUAGUCUAAGAUAUGUAAUUUAUAGUUAAAUGCAUUUAAAUAUAUAGGUACUUAAUGUGCCACUUUCACGAUUAAAUGAGACAUCACUCUAUGUUGCUUUACAAAAAAAAUGCUCUAAUUCUUGUUUAUUAAUUUGAAUAAGUGAUGACCGUGGUCUAUGUAAGAAUAUUAAUUACGUUUUUUAUGUUAGUAUUAACAAAUUUAUAUUUUUUAUAUUCGCUAGAUAAGACGACGUAUGCCUAUCUUCUAAUUGUAGUAAAUACACCUGUAGUGGUUCUUGUUAAAAUACUUAAUAACUACUAUAAGUUGGUCAAGUAGAUCUUGUCAGUAGAAAAAGGCGGCAAAUUUGAAAAAUGUAGGCGCGAAGGGAUAAUAUCCCUUCCGAUAUUAUCGUCUCGUAGAAAAUUUGAAUUUCGCGCCUUUUUCUACUGACAAGAUUUGCUUCACCAUCUAUAUAUACUCUGCUAACUACUCGGGUAAUUCCGAAUGUCGAAAACUGUCGGAUAAUUCCGAAAAGAGACUUUUAUUAUGAUGGAAUUUAGGGUGAUUUUCAUCUGAAUUUCGGAAUUAUCUGACAUUCGGUAUUACCCGAAUACACCUUAGUAAGUAUAAGUAAUGUAUUUUCAUUUAAGAAUAAGAAAACACCUUCAUAGAUCUUUAAACUGUUUUGAAGAUUAUUUUUAAAUUUUGUCAUUGUACUGUCAGCAUCAAAAAUCCGACUAAGUUUCAAAACUAUGAAUAUCUUUAAUUGCUUAACAAAAAAGAGACAUGUUUCUAUGUAGAUCAAUAAAAUUACAGUGCUAUAAUCGCAAAUGGAGUUUGAUGCAGACUUCAUAUUUAUACCUAAAGUGUUACCUACGAAAGAUCAUUGCCUACGAUGUCCUUAAAACAAUAUUGACAAUAAACAUAUAAAAGAG